AUGCGGACCCAGGCCUUCGCCGCCCUCCUGCGCGCGAUGGUCCUCUCCGACAGCCGCAUCGGCGCCAUGGGCCACACGCUCCAGGCGCUGCGCCUGCCCGAGGCGUUCUUCCACGUCACGGAGGACUUUGCGUUCACCGGCGAGAUGUGCCUCUGCCGGCUGGACCCCGCGGUCUUUAUCGCGCUCGCGUGCGGCGUCUACAUCAGCAACAACUACGACGGCGCCGUGCGCGCGAACGGGCGCCGCGUCUGCCACGAGCUGCUCGCGCACCUGGACGCCGGCAGCGUGGACCUGUCCGCCCUCGACGCCGCGGCCGCGGCGGACGGCGGCAGCGUCGAGGGGCCCUUCGCGGGCGUGACGGCGCGCGACGUCCGCUUCGCCGUCGCGACGUUCGGCGUCAAGGUCAACCGGCGGCUCUACCGGUCGCCCGAGGGCGACCGCGGCGGCGCGCCCGGCGCGCGGGCGCCGACGACCGCCGAGCUCCUCAACGCCGUCGAGGCGCUCGCGCGGCGCCAGGUCGAUUUCGACGGCGACGACGCGCGGGGCCACUGGAACCUCGGCUGGGUCGCGCAGGAGCGCGUCCAGUCGGGGCGCGCGGACGGCCACGCCGAGGCCGCGGACCACUUCCUCGCCGCGCUGGUCCGCGCGGACGCGCGGGGCAACGACAUCGUCUCCGCGACGUCGCGCAUCGAGCACGCGGGGUGCCUGAUCUCGGCGCCGGGCUACGUGGACCUCCUGCGCAUGCGGCGCCUCAAGGCCGAGGCGCGCGCGUACGUGCAGGCGCUGAAGCCCAUCUCCAUGGACCCCUGCGUCUACGGCGAGUCCUCCUACAAGAACGUGCUCGACGGCUUCCUGGACCACCACGCGGCGCUGCGGAAGCAGGUCCGGCGCGACGCCGGGCCGGACCGCGAGGUCGACAAGCUCAUGGUGCCGACCGUCGGCGAGGAGGGCAUGGCGAUCCGCCGCGCGGGCGAGCGCGACAUGGGCGCCUACGGCCCCCGGGGCCAGGCCGCGGUCGGCGCCAAGGCCCUGACGACCUGCGACCACUGCGGCAAGGACUUCCGGAAGCUCCGGCAGUGCGCGCGCUGCAAGCGCGCGGCCUACUGCGGCGGCGAGUGCCAGGCGCUCGCGUGGCCGGGCCACAAGAAGGCCUGCAAGGCCGCGGCCAAGGAAGCGGCCUCGCGCUAA